AUGUCUCACUCCAUGCAAUGACAGCCAUUCAUAUAAUUUGGGUAGAUGAAUUAUGGCUUCUUCGGAUGAUGAGGAAGAGGUUGUUCCGCAAUCUGUUACGAAUUACCACUUCGUAGAUGAUAAAGAUGAACCCAUCUCAUUCUCUGUUUUGCCGAUGCAAUGGGGCGAGGGGACAAUCUUAGAUGGGACGAAAAAGCCGAUAUUCCUUCAUGGGAUCGCUGAUGGUGGGCUCCAAAAAAUCUACAAACGGGUCACCGCAUGGAAACUGGACCUGUCAGAUGAACAUCCUGAGAUUUCUGUUCUUUCAAAGGAAAGCUGUUGGAUAAAGCUUCAGAAGUCAAGGAAGAGCUUUGAGAAUACAAUCAGAACAAUCCUGAUCACUGUCCACUGCAUUCAUUUUGCUAAGAAGAAUAGACAAGCAUCAGAUGCAACUGUCUGGGAACACUUGAGGAAAGUUUUCAGCUUAUAUGAUGUCAGACCCUAUGGAAAUGAUCUGUUGUAUCACCUGCCUCUGAUUAAAGCGCUGAUUAAAAGAGAUGAAGCAGUUGCGAAAUCGAGGUUUCUAUGCGUAUUUUUGGAGAAUUCCAAGAAGAGAACCUUUUAUGAGGAUCUAUGCAGUGGUCCAGAUGCCAAAAAAUCUAACUUUAUAGUUGAUGAUGAUGAAGACAUGGAUGAGGAAUUAGAGGAUGAAGAUGAAGGGUCUGACAUGUUUGAUUAUGUUUGUGCCAUCUGCGACAAUGGUGGUGAAAUCUUGUGUUGUGAAGGGAAGUGCUUGAGGUCUUUUCACGCAACUAGAGAUGCUGGGGUUGAGUCCGAUUGUAAAUCUCUUGGCAUGUCUAUGGCUCAAGUAAAAGCAGUUAAGAACUUCUUCUGCCUGAAUUGCCAAUAUAAACAGCACCAAUGUUUUGCAUGUGGGAAAUUGGGCUCUUCUGAUAAAUCUUCCACUGCUGAGGUCUUUCAUUGUGUUUCCGCAACAUGCGGGCAUUUCUAUCAUCCAGAGUGCAUUGCCAAAUUGCUACAUCCAGAGAAUGAAGCUGAAGCAGAAGAUCAUCAAAGAAAGAUUGCUGCUGGAGAGUCAUUUACUUGCCCUGUCCAUAAAUGCCAUAUCUGUAAACAAGGAGAAAAUAAAGACAUUGAGGAGUUGCAAUUUGCUAUAUGUAGGCGCUGUCCAAGGGUGUACCACAGAAAGUGUUUGCCUCGGAAGAUUGGUUUUAGUGAUUCAUCAGAUGGUGUACAGAGGGCUUGGCUAGGUCUAAUUCCGAAUCGUAUCUUGAUGUAUUGCAUGAGGCACAAGAUCGAUGAAGACCUUAAGACACCGAUAAGAAACCAUAUAAUAUUCCCCAAUAUCGUAGAAAAGAAAAAUCUGCAUCUAUUAGAUUCCCAAUUGAUCAAAGGAAAGGUUAUGUCAAAGAAGAAAGAUGCAGCAUCUGGGGACUCUUCCAAAGAAAGGAUUUCCACAAAGAUGCCAAUGAUGAUAGACAAGAGUCCUGAAUCUUUGAAAGAGAAUGAUUCUUCAAAUAGGAUAGAGAAGCCACUUUCCAGACUGGGAUUUGAACCAUCCAAGAAAUCCAAAACACUUGAUGCUUGCAAAAAGCCGCUGAAGGAUGGUGUCAAGCCUACCUCACUAAAAGUGGAGAGGUCAUCUUCAGCAGAGGAGAAUAGGGUAUCAAUGAAAGAGGUGACGUCCACAAACUCUAAGGCAAAAGUCAUGACUAGCAGUAAGCUUCAAAAGAUCGCAUCCCCGCUUCUGAAGAAGAAGUCAAGUAAUUCGGCUCCUGUAGUAGGCAUUGAAACAAAAAACAAGAUACUGGCUUUGAUGGAGAAGAUAUCAUCUGAAGUAACAUUGGAAGAAAUCAUGGCAAAGCAUAACCACCCAUCCACACAUGUAUAUACAUCAAGAAAUGUGGACAAGACCAUUACGGAGGGAAAGGUGGAGGGUGUUGUUGAGGCUGUUCGAACAGCUCUACAGAAGAUAGAAGGGGGCUGCAGCGUUGAGGAUGCCAAAUUUGUUUGUGAACCCCAGAUUCUCGACCAGAUAAUUAAGUGGAAGAAGAAACUCAAGGUUUACCUGGCACCUUUUCUCCACGGCAUGCGCUAUACAUCCUUCGGUCGCCAUUUCACAAAAGUGGAAAAGCUUAAAGAGAUUGUUGACAAGCUGCAUUGGUAUGUACAAAAUGGUGACAUGAUAGUCGACUUCUGCUGUGGAGCUAAUGACUUCAGCGGUUUAAUGAGAGAUAAACUUGCAGCAUCUGGGAAGAAGUGCUCAUUUAAAAAUUAUGACAUUAUUCAAGCUAAGGAUGAUUUUUGUUUUGAAAAGAAAGAUUGGAUGUCAGUGGGGCUGGAGGAAUUACCUACUGGGUCUCAAUUGAUCAUGGGUCUUAAUCCUCCUUUUGGGGUUAGAGCAUCUCUCGCAAACAGUUUCAUCAACAAGGCUCUUGAGUUCAAGCCGAAGCUCCUUAUUCUCAUUGUUCCAGCAAAAACAGAGAGACUAGAUGAGAAGGGAUCACAAUAUGAUUUAAUUUGGGAGGAUGAUAGAAUUCUCUCGGGCAAGUCCUUUUACUUGCCUGGAUCAGUGGAUGUGAAUGAGAAGCAAGUGGACCAAUGGAACAUAAAAGCUCCACCACUCUAUCUCUGGAGCCGACCGGACUGGACUGCACGGCACAGGGGCAUAGCCAUCAAGCGAGGACACAUAUCAAAGGACUGGACUGCACGACAUGGGUCCACAGCUAUCAAGCAAGGACACAUAUCGAAAGACCGGACUGCACGGCAUGGGUCCACAGCUAUCAAGCAAGGACGCAUGUAUGAACCUCAGGAAGAGUUGGAGGAGGAUCAUGGUUUCAAUAUGGACAUCUCCGAGUUAUUAAACAAUUUGCCUGAAUGGAAUGAUCGAGCAGAAGCAUCUGAAGAAACUAGAAUUGCUGUCCCCAAGGAGAAGACUGAGGAAUGGAAGGGAGGUUCUCUGCCCAAAUGCGAUGGUGGUCGACUUGAGCAGGGCAGAUGCGAAGACAAGGGGAAAAGAGGAGCUGCCUAUGAAAACCACGCACAUGGGAAGAAGAGAGUCCAUGAAGAUGGCAACAGUAGGGGACAAAAAUGUAAGCACGCACGGCGCAUGACCGAGAAAUUUCCAGUGACCAUUUCCCCUUUUAAUGGAACAGAUGCUGCGAUGUUAUUGGAACAAGGCUGGUUGGGACGUGGAGGGAGGCCAGUCAGCAUUCCUGAUAAAGAUUCUAGAGAUGUAGGGACGAGGUACAGCUCGAAUAGGGAAGACCCAUUUGCAAGUGGGACCCACAAAGUGCUUGCUAGUGGCGGUAGCAGCAGCCUUGGUCACGGUUACGGUAUUCAGGACAAGGAACACUUUCCCAGUCACUUUGGAGAGAGGAAUGUUGAGACUUCCAGUUGUGAUGGUUAUAUUGGUGGGCGGGAGCUGGUUGAGAAGUUUGGGCGUCCUGACGCGGAUCGACUACGGCAGCAGGUCCAGUUGUAUGGCUGGCAGGGGCCUGACGAUUUAUCUCAGGUAGGUAGGCAACCAUUGGGUCAGUAUCCUGGACUGGGCAGCCUGGGUUCAGUGCCUUGCCCAGCAUUUGGGCUUGCAAGUCCAGUGAUCCGACCGUCCAGGCCAAACUUGUCAGUGUCACAGCGGUAUGUGGCCCCCCUCCUUGAGGAGACGAACCAUCCAAGGGCAGAUCCUGGUGUUUAUGAAUCUCCUGUCUCUCAAGCUGGCUUACAUGCAGGCAUGUGGGGAUUUGCCCCGGGCCCAUUGCGCUCUUUCUCACCUCACCAGAACUCAGCUGGCUGGCUCAAUGAGUGAGGGCCCAUAAGAUCAAGGGUCUUGAUCAUGAAAACAUGGUGCCACGUGUAUGGAAUCCUCUGCAGCAGAAUAAGGUAGAUUUGCUAGAGAUUGUACAGCAGGUUUCUUCCACAAGAGGGCCCAUGGUUCAAUGAUCCAAGGCGUUGAUAUGAUCGGUCACUAACCUUAUAUGGCCCAGAUCGGAAGAUCCUAGCGCCUUAUUUUCAUCAUCAACUGUUAUCUUGUUGGGCGCCUAUCAAAAGGCGUAGGAUGUUUCUAUCGUGUUGUGCCCAUCAUAUUAACGAAAUAUUGCAUAUUUGGUUCGUCUCUAAGAUAUGUGUAUGUCCAAUGCUUGAUCCAGACUGUCCACGUGGUGGGCCUGUGGCU